GGGAGGGGGCGCGCGCGCGCGCGAGAGAGAGUGGUGGCGCCGUUACGGAGCUGACGGUGCGCGCUGGAGACGAAGGGAUCUAUCUGCAUGAGAAGUCAAGAAGGAAGGAAAUAGCAGAGGAGAAUAAUUAGAAUGCUCCCAUAAGCCUCUCUUCUAAGGUGGAAUGCUACUUUUGUUAAAUACAGACAAGCUUAUGUUGAGUAUGAGUCUUGUUAUGAUUAGCGAGAAUGUAAAACUGGCCCGUGAAUAUGCGCUGCUGGGAAACUAUGAUUCUGCAAUGGUCUACUACCAAGGAGUACUUGACCAAAUGAAUAAAUACCUCUGCUCUGUCAAAGAUACAUAUCUGCAACAGAAAUGGCAACAGGUUUGGCAGGAGAUAAGUGUGGAAGCUAAGCACGUGAAGGAUAUAAUGAAAACACUGGAAAGCUUUAAAUUAGAUUGCACUCCCUUGAAAGCAGCACAGCAAGAAUUACCAGCUCGUGAUGGAGAAGUGUGGUCCUUGCCUGUGCCAGCUGAACGUAGACCUUCUCCAGGAGCCAGAAAACGUCAGUCUGUUCAGUGCAAUGAUUGCAGAGGCCACAAUAACCGUGUAAGUGCAGCCGUCAGAGGCCCUCACCGGCCCGCCUCUCGAAAUCCUAAUGAUAAAGGGAAAGCAGUCCGUGGCCGAGAAAGGAAGGAUCAGCAGAAUAAAGGAAGAGAGGAAAAGAACAAGUCGUCAUCUGAUGUUUCAGAAUCUGAGCCAAAGAGGUUUGACGGUACUGGGUAUGAUAAAGACUUAGUAGAAGCUUUGGAAAAAGAUAUUAUUUCUCAAAAUCCCAAUGUUCGAUGGGAUGAUAUAGCUGACUUAGUUGAUGCCAAAAAAUUGCUCAAAGAAGCUGUAGUCUUACCAAUGUGGAUGCCAGAAUUCUUUAAGGGAAUUAGAAGACCGUGGAAGGGUGUGCUGAUGGUUGGUCCACCUGGUACUGGAAAGACUCUCCUUGCAAAAGCUGUAGCUACUGAAUGCAAAACAACAUUUUUCAACAUCUCUUCAUCAACACUUACUUCAAAAUACAGAGGAGAAUCUGAGAAACUUGUCCGCCUGCUGUUUGAAAUGGCUCGAUUUUAUGCACCAACUACUAUAUUUAUUGAUGAGAUAGACUCUAUCUGUAGUCGCAGAGGAACCUCGGAGGAGCAUGAAGCCAGCCGACGGGUGAAAGCAGAACUACUGGUUCAGAUGGAUGGUGUUGGAGGGGCUGCUGAAAAUGAUGAUCCUUCCAAAAUGGUUAUGGUACUUGCUGCUACUAAUUUUCCUUGGGAUAUUGAUGAGGCCCUAAGACGACGACUAGAAAAGAGAAUUUACAUUCCUUUACCAUCAGCAAAAGGCAGAGAAGAACUUUUACGGAUAAACCUGCGGGAGUUGGAACUGGCUGACGAUGUUGACCUUGCAAAUAUAGCUGAAAAAAUGGAAGGCUAUUCUGGUGCAGACAUUACCAAUGUAUGCAGGGAUGCAUCACUGAUGGCUAUGAGAAGGCGAAUUGAGGGCUUGACACCAGAAGAAAUCAGAAAUCUUUCCAGGGAUGAAAUGCACAUGCCUACAACUAUGGAGGAUUUUGAAAUGGCUUUAAAAAAGGUUUCUAAAUCGGUAUCUGCUGCGGACAUUGAGAAAUAUGAAAAAUGGAUUGUUGAAUUUGGAUCAUGCUAAGUCUUCCUAACCAAACUUCCCCAGGAAACCUGUCUUAAAACAGCUUCAGAAGUAAUGAAAGGUAGCGUUCAUGUGCACUAAGUGCUAUUUUUUAACUUUCUUAAACUUAAGAGCAACAUGAUUCUGAAUAAAGUAAUUUUUUUAAU